CGCCCGGCAGGUUGCUCGGGUCGCCUGUCUGAAGCCCCGCUGGGGUUUGCUGUUGCCGCUGCUGCUGCUGCGCCGCCGCCCUCGCAGCCUCCUCGCGCCAGGUCCGGUGGCUUCGAUCCGGGGUGCUUCUCCGCCGCUGGUGCCGGGCCUUGCGGAGCGCCCAUGCUGCUGCUGCGGAAGCUGCCGGGCAUGCCGGGCUGGCCGCCGUCGGCGCUGGGUCUGCGGUUGCCGCAGAAGUUCCUCUUCCUGCUCUUCCUCUCGGGCCUGCUCACGCUCUGCUUCGGGGCCCUCUUCCUGCUGCCGGACUCUUCCCGCUUCAAGCGCCUCUUCUUGCCCCGCCGAGGGGGCGCCGGUGACGCGGGAGGGGAGCUGGACGGGCUCCGCAGCCUCACGUCGCCACCGCCACCGCCGCCUGGGGCCGACCCUGGCCGCCGCCAUGCCGCCCCCAGCCCGCCCCAACGCAGCCGCCGCCCCGCCGCCGCUUCGUCGCCUCAGGGACCCCAAACUCCCCCAGCGCAGGCGGCGGCGGCGGUGGUGAUGGAAGCGGCCGCCGCCACUUCCACCCGCCGAGAGCGCCUCAGCCCGCUCCACCGCCAGGGGCCGCCCGGGGAGAAGAAGGCGGCGGGAGCGGGAAGCGGCACCGGCCAGCGCGGCCCCGCUCCGGCGACGAGAGCCCCGCUCCGUUUCGACUACGAGGUCUUCCCGCAGCCUCGCCACCCGGUGCUGGGAAGGAGGAAAGGCGGCACAGAGGACCCCGAGAACCGAGUCCGGCGCCUGAAGCUCAAGGAGAUGAUGAAGUUUGCUUGGGACAACUACAAGCAAUAUGCAAUGGGGAAAAAUGAACUGAGACCUCUCACUAAGAAUGGGCACAUCGGGAACAUGUUUGGAGGUCUCCGGGGAGCAACCGUGGUGGAUGCCUUAGAUACUCUGUAUAUCAUGGAGCUGCAGGAAGAAUUCCAAGAAGCCAAAGAUUGGGUGGAAAAGAACUUUGACUUGAAUGUGAAUGGCGAAGCUUCCUUGUUUGAAGUGAACAUCCGCUAUGUCGGAGGGCUUCUGGCUGCAUAUUACCUAACUGGAGAAGAGGUCUUCAAAAGCAAAGCCCUAGAACUUGGAGAGAAACUUCUGCCAGCCUUUAACACACCUACGGGCAUCCCACGGGGAGUCAUCAACCUGGGCAGUGGGAUGAGCUGGAGCUGGGGAUGGGCGUCCGCAGGAAGCAGCAUUUUAGCAGAAUUUGGCAGCCUCCACUUAGAAUUUGUGCACCUCUCAGAGCUGUCUGGAAAUCCUGUUUAUACUGAAAAGGUGAUGAACAUCCGCAAAGUCCUGAACAGAAUUGAGAAGCCACAGGGGCUUUACCCUAAUUUCCUCAGUCCAGUAACCGGGAACUGGGUGCAGCAUCAUGUUUCCAUCGGCGGCCUUGGGGACAGUUUUUAUGAGUAUCUGAUCAAAUCUUGGCUGAUGUCGGACAAGAAGGAUGCCGAAGCCAAAACCAUGUACGACAAUGCUCUAGAGGCCAUAGAAAAACACCUGGUGAAGAAAUCAGCCGGUGGGCUGACAUACAUUGCAGAGUGGCGAGGUGGCGCCUUGGACCACAAAAUGGGCCAUUUGGCUUGCUUCUCCGGAGGGAUGAUAGCGCUUGGAGCAGAGCAUGCUGGGGAAGAACAGAAACAGCACUACAUGGACCUAGCUGCAGAAAUUACGAACACCUGUCACGAGUCUUACGUCCGCUCAGAAACCAAGCUGGGCCCAGAAGCAUUCCGCUUUGAUUUUGGCACCGAAGCAAUGGCCACCCGACUCAGCGAUCGCUAUUACAUUCUGCGCCCUGAAGUUGUUGAAAGUUACAUGUACAUGUGGAGGCUGACGCACAAUCCCAAGUACAGGCAGUGGGGCUGGGAAGCUGUACAGGCACUUGAGAAAUAUUGCAGAGUAGAAGCUGGUUUCUCCGGGAUCCGCGAUGUUUAUACCACCAACCCGAGUCACGACAACAUGCAGCAGAGCUUUUUCCUAGCAGAGACAUUAAAGUACCUCUAUCUUCUGUUCUGUGAAGAUGAUGUGCUGUCUCUUGAGGACUGGGUGUUCAACACCGAAGCCCACCCAUUGCCUGUGAACCGCACAGACCUUAUCCUGAAGACAAGCGUGCAAUAGGGGCGCUUGCUCCCUCGCGGCUUCUGCAGUGGGAUGUGGAGGGUUACCUGCUUCCCCACCCCUGUUUCUCCUUUCCAGUAAAGGAAUGCGCAUGUUCCCAGAAAGGUAUUUUGGGGGCAUUCGUCCAAUUCAGGACAGUGUUAUAUUGGGGAGCAUAAAAAACUGUGAAACAAGCACCUUUGUGGGGUUUUUUUUCCUCUAUGAGGGAACUUACACUAAACCUGAUAAUGAGGAUGUUGAAUAUGGGCCAUAAUGCACACAAAACCAUGGACGUUCCUUUCUACAGAGAAUUUCUACGGAAUCCACUGACUUUGUUUUCACAUGGCCAAAGGAGUUUGCCAUAAAACAGAUGCUGGUUUGUGCCACUCUUCUUGUCUCCCUCCCACCCCCUUCCACAUGCUCCUUUUUAGAUACCGUUGAUUUUUAUCACCUUUUUAAUUUUCACAUCCCCCCCCCCCCCGCAAAAGAGACUUGCAUCCUAAGUGGAAUCAAUGCCAUCAAAGAUCAGGAAAUGUCUGCAAAAGUCUGAAUCCCAGGCAUCAUUUCUCUCUUCCUUCCUCUCUCUUUCCUGUGCUCUUUAAAAUGUUUACUGAAUAUUGCAUCAUGUGUAAUUCUUUUUUUGCUUUCUAAAGUUUGAAAUUUGUUCUGUCCCCCCCACACUUGGUUUUUGUUUUCAUCUGGAGCUUAAAUAUUACAAGGCACUUGUAAGGAUUUCAUUUCUGUAAUACUCAGAGAUGUGGAAUAGAAUAAAAAUUCCUGUCCGAUAA